AUGAAGAAACGAGCCGAUCCUCGUAAAAUCAAACGAGAGGAACACAAACAGAAGCUCUCCAAGCUGCAGGAGCGCGUCGACAACUUUGGAGAGGACGAGGCCGACAAGGAGGUGUCCAAGUUUGAGGAGCUGCCCUUGUCUGAGGCUACUAUUGAGGGUCUAAAAAAUUCACAUUAUGUCACCUGUACCGAUGUUCAGAAGCGGGCCAUCCCUCCCGCUCUGCAAGGCCACGAUCUGCUUGGAGCAGCGCGUACCGGAAGUGGUAAGACUCUGGCGUUUCUGGUGCCUGUGUUGGAGUGCCUGUUUCGAAACAAGUGGAGUGAUGUGGAUGGUUUAGGAGCCCUGGUUAUUAGUCCGACUCGAGAACUGGCGGUCCAGAUUUUCCAGGUUCUGCGAAAAAUCGGCCGUUGUCACAGCUUCUCUGCUGGUUUGGUUAUUGGAGGAAAGGACGUUGCCAUGGAGGCUGACCGACUGGCCAAGCUGAACAUUCUCAUUUGUACACCCGGACGACUGUUACAACACAUGGACCAAACUAGCGGGUUUGAUCUUUCUAACGUGAAGAUGCUGGUGCUGGACGAGGCCGAUCGAAUCCUCGAUAUGGGUUUCAAGAAGACCAUGGAUGCCAUUUUGGAAAACCUGCCUGUGGACAGACAGACUCUGCUUUUCAGCGCAACACAGACCAAGAGCGUCAGUGAUCUGGCCCGUUUGUCACUCGCCGACCCCAAGUACAUCUCCGCCAACCCGGACACCACUUCCAGCACACCCAAGAACCUCGAACAGAACUAUGUCUGCGUGGAGCUGCAAGACAAGCUGGACACACUGUGGGGUUUCCUGAGAACACACACCAAGUUCAAGAUCAUCGUUUUCUUCAGUUCAUCAAAACAGGUGCGAUACGUCUACGAGACCUUCCGAACUCUGCAGCCCGGUAUCCCCCUGUUGCAUUUGCAUGGCAAGCAGAAACAAGGAGCACGAAUGGAUGUUGUUUCCAAAUUCUCCAAGGCCUCUUCUUCGUGUCUGUUUGCUACCGAUAUCGUCGCUCGAGGUAUCGACUUCCCGGCUGUUCACUGGGUUGUUCAGGUCGAUUGCCCCGAAGAUGCCGCUACCUAUAUCCAUCGAGUCGGCCGAAGUGCACGAUUUGGAAAGUCUGGAAAGGCACUGCUGUUCCUGACCCCCACUGAGGAGCCCGCCAUGAUCCAGCGGCUCGAAGCCAAGCAUAUCCCCAUCAACAAACUGACGAUCCGACCGAACAAGAAGAAGUCCAUCAAGAACCAGCUGCAGGCUCUGUGUUUCAAGUCGCCGGAAAUCAAGUACCUGGGUCAGAAGGCCUUCAUUUCGUACUACAAGUCGAUUUUCAUCCAGAAGGACAAGGAGAUUUUCCAGUUUGAAAAGAUCCCCAGCGAGGCCUUUGCGGAGUCUCUGGGUCUGCCUGGUGCACCACAGAUCAAGCUCGGAAAGAGUGCUGAGAAGAUGAAGGAAGAAGCCAACGCCAAGAAGAACCAGUCGCGGGCUCUGCAGAAGCUCAUGCGGGCCGGCGAUGACGGAGUGGUGUCUGACGAUGAGAAGGAAGUACGAACUAAGAUGGACAGAAUGUUUGAGAGGAAGAACCAGAACGUCCUGUCGGACCAUUAUCUCAACAUGGUCAAGGGAGACGCCGACGAGGAUGAGGAGACUGGAGAUUUUAUGACGGUCAAGCGUCAGGACCACAACCUUGAGUCUGAUGAUGACGAGGAUAUCGCCAACCUGCCCACUUCUAAGCGAGCGGCCAAGCAGGCAUUAUCCAAGAAGCAGUCGCUCAAAAACAAGGGUCUGGGAACCAAGACACUAUUUGACGACGAGGGAGCGCCACAUGCUCUCUACGAGUUUGAUGACGAGGAGGAUUUCAAGGCUGCAGGACCCGUCGAGAGCCAGGUCAAGGAAUUUGUUGACCGAGAAACCAAGGAUAUGGAGGAAGCUGAUGUCGGUGACAAGGAGCUGGUCAAGCAGAAGCGAGCUGAGAAGAAGCGAAAGCGAAAGGAGAUCGAGCGACUUCGAGAACUCGACGAGUAUGACGAGGAGUCCGAGGAAGAGGGAGACUCCGAGGAGGAACAGGCCGCCAAGAAGCCCAAGUGGUUCCAGCGGGAUGAGUCUUCGGACGAGGAGGAGGAUGAUGGCGUGCUGGAGGUUGAGGAGCCCACCACUCUGGAGGAUCUGGAGAGCCUCACUUCCAAGCUGCUUAAAAAGUAA